AUGAUGAGCUACUUGGGCCAUAAGGAGGAGGUGCGGUCACGAGCCCCACAGGCAGACAGACCCAGCUCUCCUCCGAAGACCUGCUUUGCCGUGGACGUGGUGGCAUCCCGCGUCGCUCGCGCCUCCCCCAGUAACGGCCUUCUCCCCGUCCCAGAGCGCCGCCCUGCCAGCCAGAAGCCUGAGGAGAGCUGGCCAAAGCACCGAAAAACUGACCCUCCCUGGGCAUCCACCCUGCCACGCAGCCCAGCUGGCUCCCCGCCGGCCCGCAGCGACCUGCUGGGUGGCAGUGGGCGCCUCUCUGGCCCACGGGUCCGGGAGUCCCACGGGCACUCCAGCAGUGGGGGUGCAGAGGCACGGCACGGGCUGGAGAGGCAGGAGUACACGGUGCUGGCAGACCUGCCCAAGCCCAAGCGCCUCGGCCAGCGGGAUGCUGCUGACCGCUAUGGCUCCCGGACACUCAGCCCUGGCCGAGUGGAGGUGGAGAGGAUGUUUGGAUGUGAACGCAGGAAAUCAGAGACACUGGAGGCCUUCCAGGCUCUGGAGGAAGGCCGUGUGGACCGACUCGAUGGCAAGACGCCGGUGCCUCCCAGCAAAGGCCACCUAACUCGGAGGCGGUCCAGCCCGAACCUGCCCAGGGAGGGUCAGCGACUCUCCUGGCAGCUGGAGCAGCGCAGCAGAGACCCCAAAGAGCGCCGGCGUUCCCCCAGCCCAGCUCAGCACCCCGAGAAGGCCAGCAGGACCCGGGGGGACUCCCCAUGCCCUGCUAGCCCUGGCUGGCUGCUGGAGAGGGGGAGCCAGAGCCCACGCUCCACAAGCCCAGCCCGCAGGUUGGAGAGGAGAGCAGGGGAGCCCGUCACCCCUCCCUGUCGCACUGAGAAAAGCUGGAGAAGCCGAGGGGAGCCUGCCCGCCCCCCAAACUCAGACAGGGGCCGAGCCACCUGGCAAGCAGGGGGUAUACAGCAGAUGCUGGAGAAGAGGAGCCGAGGGGAUUCCCUGCACCCCACAGGUGCUGGGAAGGGCACAGAUAUCGUCAGGCUGAGCCGAGCAGGGCCGCCACCACGGGCCCUCAGUCCUGGGAGACGUACAGAGAGCACAAGGAAAAGCCAAAAGGAGAUCUCCCCUCCCAGCUUGGUGCGGGGGGCAGACAGGCAACGAGUGAAGCCAGGGGAGCCACUGCACCUUGCAGGGCCCAGGAAGCCAUCCGAAUGUAGCUGGCAGAGCCUCCGGGAAAAGCUGACAUCCUCCCAGCCUGCAAAGGGCACCUGCAGUGACUGGAAAGGCCGAGGCAAGCCUCUGCGCCCCACAAGCCCGACGCGACCACUGGAGCAGGACUGGAGGGGCCGGGGGGAUGCCCACCAAGCACAGGUGUGGGAGAAGGACUGGAAGCGCCAAGAGAUGCCCGUGUGCCAUACAGAUGUGAUGCGCCAGCUGGAAAGGGACUGGAAAAACCCUGCUAGAUGUCUGGAUGUGGGAUUACGGUCGGAUGACAGCUGGAAAAGACCUGAGAGUCCAGCACAGCACCUGGAUGAGGACUGGAAGGGUCCUGAGCACACACGAGAUACACACAGCCCUGAGAAGCCAUUGGAAACUGACUGGGGGAACAAGAGUCUUCUCAUUUACCAUCCCCAGCUGGGUGGAAGCACCUUCCCACCACAAAGCAGCACUGGCUCCUCAGGAAGCCCGCAGCCACAUUUGAAUGCCAGUAAGAAGCGGAACAAGCGGGCCAGGAAAGGGACACGGCUCGGCCCCAGCAUCGCCCCCGUCCCGUCCCGUCCCGUCCCCAACGCCCCGGGGCCACCGCCCCUUUCCGUGCGGACCGGCGGCCUCGCCCGCCCCGGCGGCUCCAUUGGCUGCGGGCGGUCGGGGCGGCGGCUGCGGCUGCCAUUGGCCUGCCCGGGUCCUCCCAGGAACCGCCCCGCCGCCCUGGCUGCCAGCGCCCGGCCCCGCCGCGACCCCGGCCCCGCCGGCCGCGGCGCCCCCGCCAUGACGCCGGAUCUUCUCAAUUUCAAGAAGGGAUGGAUGUCCAUCCUGGACGAGCCCGGAGAGUGGAAGAAACAUUGGUUCGUGCUGACCGACUCGAGCCUGAGGUAUUACCGGGACUCGAACGCAGAGGAGGCUGAUGACCUUGAUGGAGAAAUCGACCUCCGUUCCUGCACGGAUGUGACAGAGUUUGCGGUGCAGCGCAACUACGGCUUCCAGAUACACACAAAGGAUGCUGUCUUCACCCUGUCAGCAAUGACCUCUGGCAUCCGGCGCAACUGGAUCGAGGCCCUGAGGAAGAAUGUGCGCCCAGUCAGUGCUCCAGACGUCACCAAACUCCCUGACUGUGACAAGGAGAACUUCCGUAACUGCGUUCCCCAGAAAGGCUCACUCCGGACGGAGGAGCAGCAGCGGCCAGGCUCAGGCUCCGAGGGGAACUCAAAGGGCAGUCACUGGAAGGCAGAUGGGCAGCGCCAUGCCUUUGACUAUGUGGAGCUGUCUCCCUUGCCACAAGACCCUGGAAAUCAGGGGUCCCUGCAGAGGACAAAAGGGAGCGUGAAGAUCUCUGACCGAACUCCCAGGUAUGAGGAGCUGGAGCGGGAUCUGGCCAUCCGUUCAGAGGAGAGGCGGAAAUGGUUCGAGACCCCCGAUGGCAGGGUCCCAAACAGCGAUGGCCCAGCAGGAGACCCUUCCCGCAAGGCCGGGGAGCAGGACCUCCCCACUCCUCCGCUUUCGGAGGACCAAAGGAUUCGUCUGAAUGAGGAGAUAGAGAAGAAGUGGCUGGAACUGGAGCACCUGCCCUUGAAGGACUUGAGGCGGGUGCCCUUGACAACACUGCUGAACCAGAGCAAGACAAGCCAGGGAGACACCAGUGAGGCGCUGAAAAAGGAGAUCGAGUCACUGCGGGCACAGCUGGAGUCCUGCCGGGCCAGAAACGAGAGCCUUCGGGAGGCAGCAAAAUCCCAGGGGGACAGCCAUGUGCCCCGAGGGUACAUCUCACAGGAGGCCUGUGAGCGCAGCCUGGCUGAGAUGGAGUCAUCCCACCAGCAAGUGAUGGAGGAGCUGCAGAGGCACCACCAGCGGGAGCUGGAGCGGCUGCGGCAGGAGAAGGAGCGGCUCCUGGCAGAGGAGGCAGCGGCAACAGCAGCAGCCAUUGAGGCACUGAAGAAAGCCCAUCGGGAGGAAAUGAAUAAGGAGCUAGGCAGGACACGGAGCUUCCAGCAAUGCAGCUCACUCCCAGAAGCCCUCCAGAAGCAGCACCAGUUGGACGUGGAGUCGCUGAAGCGGGAGCUGCAGGUGCUUUCUGAACAGUAUUCCCAAAAGUGCCUGGAAAUCGAGGAGCUCACCCAGAAGGCAGAAGAGCGGGAGCAGAUAUUGGAGCACUGUCAGCGGGAGGGGAAGGACCUCCUCCAGAAAAAUCAGGAGCUGCAGACCCGCCUCUCGGAUGAGAUUGGGAAGCUGCGAAGCUUUAUUUCAUCACGGGGCUCUGGGGACCGCGCUUCGCACAACAACGAGCGGAGUUCCUGCGAGCUGGAGGUGCUGCUCCGGGUGAAGGAGAAUGAGCUCCAGUACGUAAAGAAGGAGGUGCAGUGCCUCCGGGAGGAGCUGCAGAUGAUGCAAAAGGACAAGAGAUUUGCCUCAGGGAAAUACCAAGAUGUCUAUGCAGAGCUGAAUCACAUUAAGGUGCGCUCGGAGCGAGAGAUCGAGCAGCUGAAGGAGCACCUGCGCCUGGCCAUGGCGGCUCUGCAGGAGAAGGAGUCGCUGUGCAACAGCAAGUAAUGGUCUGCUCUACAUUUGUUAUCUGUUCUUGUUUUGUAUUUGCUCCAUUCCUCACUUGUGGGGAGAGGGAGGUUGAAUCCCUAUCCAUUGACACCUUGGUGAGGAAUCCCACAUCCCCCCCCAACCUCCUCACGCCCCUUCCAAAGCUUUUUUGAUGAACCCUUUUUGCCUGCAUACCUGAGCACGUUGUUUGGACUGGCUCCUUACAUGCACCUUCCUCAGGAUUUUAUAUGUGAAAAUUAUAUUUUAUAGAGGAAUUUUUUUCCCUGUGGAAAGGAGGGGAAGAGGAGGAGGAAAACUUUUACUACAUCACCCGCAUUUUUCUAACCUGAAAAAGAGAACCCAGUUUUUCUCCCUUUCCUAGCUCCGUUUCUCCUGGCCACACACAGCCACCUUUGGCACAUGUUCCCUCUCUUCCAAAUGUCUCCACGGUCCCCCUGGGAUGUACGGCAAGGACCAUGCUCCCCCUCCCCGUGCUGCCCCCAGGGACCUGCGGAGAAGACACACAAGCCAUAGGAGGGAGCCGCUGGAGCUAUCUGCCAUGAUGUGCUUGCCUGAGACGGUUGAAAGAGGACACCUUGGCAAGAGUCCACAUGAUCGAGCUCUCUCUCCGUGACUGCCCUUUUGGCUCCUGCAAGAACCUGCAUUGGCAGGAGCCCAGAGCCACAGGGCUUCACCUUUCUGGGGAAGAGGAGCUGUGAGGCUGCUACUGCACCCGCCCGAGCCAACCUCCCCAAGGUGACUGCUGCUGCUGCUCCGCUGUGCCCUUCAACUUUAACUUAAUAAAAUCUUCCCCUUUCGCUGA